AUGCGGACGGCGCUCGUCCUUGUGGCCGCGGCGCUGGGGACCCCGCGCGCGACGGGCUGCAAGGAGCGGGUUUUGGUGGUGGGCUCCGGAAUCUCCGGCCUGGUCGCAGCUGAGUCCUUGCGCCACUUCGGCUGCCAGGUGACGGUGCUGGAAGCCCUGGACCGCCCCGGCGGGCGCACCCACACCUUCGCCGCGGGGCCCUUCGCGGGCACCGAGGAGGGCGCCCACUGGGUGCAUGGGGGCGUGGACAACACCCCGGUGUCGCUGCUGCUCCGCAUGCACAACCUCUCACAGGUGCGCGUGGGGGGCGACGACGACUACGAGGGCUCCAGGGAUCGCCUGACGAUCUUCUCGGAGGGCAAAGCGCUGAGUGCUGAGCAGAGGGACGGGUCCUUCGACCUCUUCCAAACCGCCCUUGCGGCUGUGUCGACCUGCGCGGAGGGCCAGCUGUCCCAGAAAGACGUGAACGUCUCUGUGGGCGACAUCUGGCGCCGGGCGGUGAAGGUGAACUACACCGCGCAGAGUCAGUUGUUCUUGGCCUGGCACCGGAAGGUCAGCUUUCAGCAGGACGAGGGCGCCAGCAUGGACAAACUCAGCGCUGUGAAUGAGUACUUGGAGGAUUACACCGACUUCUAUCCUGAGAAGUCGGAGGGCUGGGAGAAGCACGGGGAUGGCUACGUGAAAGGGGGCUACUCCUCUCUAGUUGCGCGUCUCGCGGAGAACUUGGACAUCCGAGUCUCCAGCCCAGCCACACGCAUUGAGUACUCGGGGGCAGGCGUGGCGGUCACUGCGGAUGGCCAGCGAUUCGAAGGAAGUGCCGUGAUCGUGACAGCUUCCGUCGGGGCACUCCAGACGGGGCAUCUUGCCUUCGAUCCCCCGCUGUCUUCCUGGAAGAGCGCGGCCAUCGGGCGCUUGGGCAUGGGCAACGUGGCCAAAGUGCUUGUGAAGCUGUCUCAGCCCCUCAAGUCGAGCGCCUACGCUUUGGGCUUCCUUGGUAGGCGGCUCCUCUCCUUUUGCAUCCGCGGGGCCGCGGAGGGCCGGAGCCGCGUAUUAGAGUGCUUCUUGGGUGGCCGGGAGGCCUUAAACGCAGAGGCCAUGGAUGCAGAACGCCUGAAAGGAGAGGUGGCCAAAGAGUUGGCAGACCUGGGCUCUGUGGAAGAGGUGGCCAUUUCCAAGUGGGCGAGCAAUCCCUUCAUCCGGGGCGCCUGGAGCUUCGCCCCCGUGAACUCCUCCGUGCAGGACUUCGACCUCUUGGCAGCGCCGGUUGGUCGCGUGCACUUUGCGGGGGAGGGCACCUGCCGGCUACUCUACGGCAACGUGCAUGCCGCCGUGGUGAGCGGCGCCAGAGCAGCCCACCAAGUGCUCCAGCAGUUUGAAACGGCGCCGUUUCGAACAGACGAGUGGCCGCUCUUUCGAAAGGAGAUCCUGAAUCUUUGCACCGUCAGUCCAGCGCGGACUCGCGCGCGGACUCGGGCGCGCGCGCCGGCCGGUCUGAAGCGGGCAUUCGAAGUCGGUGAGAACCGCGGCCAUGGUGCACCUUUUGUUGUCUAG